AUGAGCACAGAUGCAAGCUAUGCUGUAGCCAUGGUUGGGCAUAAGUGUGUUUUGAAAAUAGUCUUGUGUGGACAGUACCUUAAAACAUCUACUAAAAUGAGACCUGUUAUUUCUGUAACAAUUGGGAGUAGACUUGUAGACCUAAGGUUGUUAAUGCAAAAUGUGUGUCUUUUAAACUUAGAACGCUCAUCUUUGGGAAAUGAAGAAUGGAAUCCUUGGGAAGGAGAUGAAAAAAAUGAGCAGAUUGCUUCACAGCAGAGAUAUGAAACUAAUCUUCAAAUGUUAAAAAAUAUGAAAUCCCAACAAGAACAAACAGACCUUAAAGUGCAGAUCUGGGGUAAAGCAGCCAUUGGUCUUUACCUCUGGCAACAUAUUCUUGAAGGUCUGCUUGAACCUGCUGAUGUGACUGCUCAGUGGAGAGAAGGAAGCAUAAAGGGAGGAAAAACACAUUUCAGUUUCAUCACUGGUCCAGCCGUAGUCCCGGGAUACUUUUCAGUAGAAGCUGCUAAUGUGGUUCUAGUUCUGAAUGGAAGAGAGGAAGCAAAGAUCACUUAUGACACUCAGUGGUUGCAUUAUGCACAAACUUUAAUACAGACUCGCAAGCUGAGGCAUGUUGCCAUUGUGCUGCUUGGAAGUGAACAGUGUAACAAUGAAUGGAUUCACCCAUACCUGAAAAGACACGGAGGAUUUGUGGAACUACUUUUUGUAGUAUACGACUGUACCUGGGUAAACGAAGAAGAUAUUUUCCAGUGGCCUUUAGGAGUAGCUACAUAUAGGAAUUUCCCCAUCGUAGAGCCCAACUGGUCAAUGCUACAUUCUCCAAGAUCAUAUCUAUGUAAUUUUUUAGGAACGGUGUAUAAGAAUUCAUCUAGGGAGAACCUAAUGGAAGUUUUGAAACAAGACGGGCUUGAUAAACUCUGUUGGAUUGCAGCCAGAGAACAGUGGCAGCCUCAAGAAACAAAUGAAAGUUUUAGAAUCUAUCAAGAUGCAUUGCUACAGAGUGAUCUCACAUUGUGCCCAGUGGGAGUAAAUACAGAAUGCUAUAGAAUUUAUGAAGCUUGUUCAUAUGGCUCUGUUCCUGUUGUAGAAGAUGUAAUGACACCAGGCAAGUGUGGAAAUUCAUCUAUAUACCACAGUGCUCCACUGCAAUUACUAAAGACCAUGGGGGCUCCAUUUAUCUUUAUUAAAAACUGGGAAGAACUUCCUGCUGUUUUAGAAAAAGAGAAAAAUAUGAGCUUACAAGAAAAGAUUCAAAGGAGAAAAAAGCUUAUAGAAUGGUACCGGUACUUCAAAGCACAAAUGAGACAUAAAUUUAUUAAUAUCUUGGAAAAUUCAUUUUUACCAAAUUAUAAAGGAGGUUAAUUGCCCCCUUUGAAAAUCAAAAAUAGAUCAAACGUUUAAUUUUCACUGACCUUCAAGUAAGCUUUUAUAUAAAAAUAAAAAAUAAAUGAACCACUUCCAGUGCAGGUGCAAUUUCUUUGAAGUCAGUAGAGUUGCACCAGCUUACCUAGGGCUGAUUUUCACCCUUCUUUCCUAAACUACUUUCAGAGAGGAUGCAGUCUUACAGGAUAGUAGUCUGGAUGGAUGA